AUAACUCAGGGUGGGACCAUGAAAAAAUACUGUAAAUCUGAAUGUCUCCACCCAUAUUUUCAGUAUAUAUAUAUAUGCAAGUGUUUUGUCAUAGAGAGCUCACUGAUAGUCUUCAUCAUGACCAUCAUCAUCAUCUCUCUGCUCCUGCUGGUUUCUCUGGUGCCAGACCUGACCUACACUGCUCAUGUGGGUAUAGAGGACGGCACUGAAGCAAAACCACACUCCAGACCUUACAUGGUUUCUCUUCAGAAAAACAGCAGGCAUAUCUGUGGUGGAUUCCUCAUUACUGAACAGUUUGUCUUGACUGCUGCACAUUGCUGGAAAAAAGGUGAUGUCAUCACGGUUGGGGUUGGCGCCCAUGAUUUGAGUGGAAAUGAAAUUUACGACACCUUUGAAGUGACAUCCUACAUCCCACAUCCUGAGUAUAAACUCAAUUCUGAUCGGAAUGACAUCAUGCUUUUGAAGCUAAAUAAAAAAGUCAGACUGAGCCACAAUGUUGGACUGAUGUCACUACCAAAGGAUGGAGAAGAUGUUAAAGCAGAUACUCUCUGUAGUGUUGCUGGUUGGGGAAGACUGUGGUUAAAAGGCCCAAGACCAGAUCGUCUAAGAAAGGCAGAGACAGUUAUUGUGAAUGAUGCAGAGUGUGAACGCAGAUGGAACAAUACUUACAAGGCUUCAAAGAUGAUCUGUGCUUAUGGCCAUGGUGGAACCUGCAGUGGGGAUUCUGGAGGUCCUUUGGUUUGUAAUAACACUGCUGUUGGUAUCACUUCCUUCGGUGACCGUUAUCUCUGUAAUUCACGUUUGUUUCCUAACGUGUAUACUAGGAUUUCAGCAUAUCUCCUAUGGAUCCACAACAUAACUGGAAAUGUUUGAAAAAAAGAAAUAAUCUUGAGAUGUUUAUUUUUUUCAUUCUUCCAUAAAUCUUUUAAUAAAAGUAUCAAAUGGCAAGCAUC